AUGAAUUCAAAUAAUAUCAAUACGGAAAAUGAUUUUAACGAUAAAGUAAUGUUAAUUUCAGGUUCAAGCUCGGGAAUUGGUGCCGGAGCUGCCGUUUAUUUUGCAAAAUUGGGCGCCAAUGUUGUGGUCACCGGACGCGACUCAUCUAAAGUCAAAUUAGUGGCACAGGAGUGCCGACAACAACAACAACAACACACUGGCAAACAAACUCUCGAAGUUGUAGUCGAUGUUCUGGACGACCGUCAGGUUCGGCAUCUGGUCGACAAAACUGUUGGCCAUUUCGGUAAAAUCAACAUUUUGGUUAACUGUGCGGGAAUUGUAGAUCACGGGUACAUCGGUGACGACGACAACAACAACAAAGAUCUGAAAUAUAUGAAACUAUUUGAUGGUAUAGUAAAUACUAAUUUAAGGUCAGCCGUGUUAUUGACAUCAUUGGUGAUUCCCUAUCUCGAACAGACCAAAGGCUGUAUUGUUAAUAUAUCGAGUAUUUCAUCAAUGAUUCCGGCAAAGACAUGGAGUCCGUACGGUAUAUCCAAAUGCGGUCUCAAUAUGUUCACCAAAUGUCUGGCCAUGGAAUUGGGUCCGAAAGGCAUUCGUGUCAAUGCUAUUCUUCCUGGUAUUGUAUUGACACCACUAAUUGAUACAAUUAAACAGUUUGCCAUCACUCAGGACGAUAUGAAAAUGUUUUGCCAAAUGACAUAUCCGUUACAAAGGCCCGGAUUGGUUGACGACAUCAACAAAGCCAUCGAGUUCUUGGCCUCAGACAGUUGGGCACCGUUUGUCACCGGAAGUCUUGUGCCACUCGACGGCGGAGCUCUUGUCUGCAAAAAAUACCGUUUGCGUGACAAACAACCAAACAUUUUAACCAAUUAA